CCAUGGCGGCCAUGGCGGUGGAGUCGGCGGAGGACGGGGCGGCGCGGACCCUGCCCAGCCUCGGGCGCCUCUCGCGGGGCCUGCCCUUCGGACGGGCACACGGCCGCCUCGGCACCAGCCCCAGCGGCCGUCUCGUCCUGGCGACGCCGCUCUCACAGGAAAGCGGGGAUCCGCAGAGAACAGCGCUUCUCCUGCGCAAAGCCUGGACGCUGUACAGCGUGACCCCCCUGUACCGCUUCUGCCGCGGCCGCCUCAGGGACUACGCGCGGCUGCUCAGCGCCUUCAUCGCCGCCGAGAGGCAGAAGGGGCUAGCGGUGGAGGUGGGCGUCGAGCUGGACCUCAGAGUGACUCUGUCCAGCCUUCCCGAGCUCCAGGGUAGCAAGCAGGACCAGCCUGCCGUCCUCGUGCAGCUUUCUUCAAGGUCACAAGCUUCCCCCAAAAACUCAGAAGACAAGAUCCUGUGGUCAGGCUGCUUCUGCUGCGUGUAUGGAGAUGAUCUUUCCGAGAACAUGCCGGAGGACUUCACUUGUUUACCUCUGUUCCUGGCGAAUGGGGCAGAGAGCUACAUGUCUGUUGUUGGAAACUGGUUCCAGAAGACUUUUGACUGCAUCUUCCGCCGUCUGGCCAUCAGCCCCUUCAACCUCAGCUGGAUGGUGGCCAUGUGGGCUGGGUGCAAAGUGGACAAAGCUGCCUCUGCCGUGGAACUCGUCUUCUCUGUCCCUCGCCUGCCCCAGCCUCUGGAUAUUUCAUAUGCCAUCCACCCAGAGGAUGCUAGAGCCCUGUGGGACACCAUCCAAAAAACUCCGGGAGAGAUCACUCAGGAAGAGGUGGAUGUCUUCAUGGACUGCCUUUACUCCCACUUUCAUAGGCACUUCAAGAUCCGCCUGUCAGCUACAAAACUGGUGAAGGUUUCUACAGCGAUUGCCUCGGCACACUGUGAUGGGAUUGUAAAGAUGCUACACAGCCAAUACCUCUCUGGAGUGCUGAUGCUACUGACCGAACUCGCAAUCUCUCAGAUACAGUGAGAGCCAUUUCAGCAACUCUUCAUGCUACAAAGGCUUCCUGUUGAAUGAUGUAUGCUGGGAAACCAAUAGGAAACUCAUUCCUGCAGCAUCUUCUUUCCUCUCAUGUUGGUUGUCCAGAGCGGGACUAUAAUUCCUGCACUUAGCUCCGUUACAAGCUGUAACUCCAUGCCAUGCACAGCCAAGACAAGGAGACAUUUUGCCCUAAAGAAGGGCUGCAGUACAGACUUGGGGUAGUUCCUGAGCACCUUUGUUUUAUUAGAAUCACUCUGUUCAUUUAUGUUUAGGAGAUGAACCCUGAUAGGUGUUUCUGUCGUUUCAAAGGGCGAGUUGGUUUUCUCUUAAUUAGACAGCCCAAGCUACAUAGACCUUAGCCUUAGCUAAACUGUGACUACUCUUGGGCUAGUCUAAAUGCAAAAUUCAGCACACAUGGAAGAAGGAAGGUGAAUGCUCUACAAUCCAGGGCAGAAAAAUCCAGAUUUCUAGUUCCCUGCCUUAUGUCCAGCCUGUUGGUCCUCUCAGCUGAAUUAAUACAAAGGAAGUGAGGUCUGUAGAUAGGCUUUGCAUGAUGUUUGUAUCUUGGAUGUGAUCCUGUAGGCCAGAGAGUUCUUGGGGUUAGAGCUGUGAGCUAAAAUUUUAUGUUGGUUCUCUCCCUUCUUGAGCAGGUAGCGCACAGUGCCUACCCAGAGAUUAAAGGGGCCAAAAGGAAGUAGUACCUGCUAAGUCUUAAGAUUUUUGUAAUAUAGUACUAAAGAAAGAAAAUAUUUUCUGUCUUUCAUACACAGACUGGUCUUAAGGAAAGACCACCUAUGCCUAAUUAAAUAUUAUUCUUGCAUGGUGCUUAUUUCCAACUAUAGCUUACCUGACUAAACCACCACUUGUUACCUAUUAAAUAAUUUUGGGAGCAGCAAAAUUUAAAGUCUACUUUCUUGCUUCACACUUGUGCAGCAUCUCUAGGUGCUGAUGAUUUGUGCUGUGAACCUUCUCCCUAAAUAGGGAUGCAAGUCUCCUUUCUUUUCCCAAUGUAAAACUGCCUAACAUGACAUAACAGCAUGCCUAGUUCCUAACCUAUUUCCAGAAUUUGACAAAGAAACAUGCACUUGUUUUUAGAUUCUUUACUAAUUGAAGAUGGAUUGUUUUUCCAUGUCAAGGCUGCAGUCUGUGGUAACUCUUACCCUGGUAAAAGGAGCUAAGUGAUCUUCUGAAGAUCUUGACAGCUCAGCAGCUACUUAAAUUAUCACUUCUGGUGCUUUAUUUUCCUUCUUAUUAAGUAUCUUAGACAAGUUUGCUAUCUGGAGUCAGAAGAGCACUGGACAGAGAGUACAAGGUGUCACAAUAACUGGCACCUGUAUUUGAUUUGAAAACACAACUGUUAUAUCCAGGGUUUAGUUUUAAAUCUAAUGCUCAGCUCUUUCCAACAAAUUUGCAUAAAAAGGCUCUAAAACAACUAAAUUCUCUAUAGCCUUUUUCAACCUCUCCUUGUCUUGUCCUCACUGAUAACUGCAGUUAAGUGAGCAGAGAUAGAUUUACCCAGAUAUUUAGCAGAGAUGCUUCCUUCCAGAAAAAAGCUGAUUCUGAGUGAUGUGUUUCUAACUGAAGGGUAACACUAAACAGCAGAGGUUUAAGUCCAUUUUACUUGGACUGGUAUUUGAAAAAAAGACUCCAGCAUCUGUGUCCACAUAAUUCAUACCCCACCGCUUUCACCCCAAGGAACAAACCAAGAACAGCAUAAAAGAAAUUUAUUAAGAUAGCACUAUUUAUACAAGUUACUCAUGCUAGAAAAAAGCAUAAAUGAUACAUGUAAACAUUUGUUUACAGAAUACUUAUUUUCCUUGUAAAGGUGCAAAUGAUCUCCAAUGUAAACACAAGAAUACCAACCUUUAGAGGGAAAGGGGCUUUUAAAAAAAGGUUUAAUGACCCAUUUAUGACUGUAGUGUAAUUUUUACUAUAUUCAAGCACAUUAAAGUCUGAGUUACAUGAAUCAAACUAUGAAAUUAAAGAACUUAAGAUGUCAGCACUUGCCUUUUCCCAUCUCAAGAAUUUACAGUCCUCCUACUCUUUUAAACCCAGAUUUAGUAAAGUCCACAGUUAGAUCAAGUGCAAAAGGUCAUUCUUUCAUACUCAAUAGAAAUUACAAUACAAACAGAA